AUGCAACGCAGACUCGCCCAGAAACGGGCCAGAAGCGAAGAGCCUACAUCUGACGAACAUGGAACCAAGACAAAACCUGAACAUAAAAAUAAAGUAGACGCCGAUCCCAAGAAUAAAGUCAGUAUUGCAACUAAAGAGGAACCACCCGUACAACUUGGCGUAAAGGAAGUAACGUCUUCUUCAACCGACCUGCUCAAGAAUCUUCUCGACAUGACACAUGUCCCACCAGGCACCGAACCCUCUCACUUUCACACAAUCGCUCAAACGCUCAUGCAAGGCUUCGAACUCUGCGUCACCUCCAAAUCGUCCGUCGUAACAUCCUACGAGCUGCUCGAGGUCGAGUUUUACUGGUACAACGAACAAAGCGGGCAUAUCGACCCGUUUACGCAUGCGGCUGAAGAACAGAGAGUUAGCGGGAACUGGUACUUCCACAGAGCUCCCCGCCGUGUCCCACCAAACUCUCAAUCCACAGCCCCCGUGCCGUCUCCCAAAACCAACGGCUUCAGAGGCGGGACGAGAAAGGGGCUGGAUCUGACUUUUGGCGUGCCCGCCUCGGACGAACCAACGGCCCUAGUCGCGUACGGGGGAAUCCUCCUGCGUACUCUUCGCAAUACUCAAACCAAGAAAGUAACGUGCGGUCCAAGUCUCCUCGUCGAUCAAGUCCUUCAAUCGAGUGGGACGACCGAGCUGUCCACGUUGGUCGGUACACACUGGGGAGGAGAUACGUCUGCGUUCCUGCACGACGACGGCCAACCAGGGCCGAGUCGGAUGUUCCUCCGUCCGGUGGAUCGGGACUUAAAGGGAACCUCCAAGCUACCGAAGAUGUACACCUCUCCAAGGAUUGGACUCGAGUUGUCUAGGAUCCAGACUCCCGGCGAGGCCACGGCUUCUCAUCCUCGAGUUCAAUACGUCACUCGCCCGUACCGGUUCUUUACACAUCCGGACCUUAUGGGUUCGAUUCGUCCCCAGACGUUCUAUGGGCUUCUUCAGGCGCACGAAGCUGGCCAGAUUGCACGUGCGGCGAUAGCUGAUGUAUCGGGCAUGAAGCCUUCUCAGGUUUCUACCUUUUGCGAAUACGUCGAAGGGGGGAGAAGAGCAGGACCAGGUGCCGUAAAGGAGUUCGUUGGAGAAAAGGGAAAGGGGGUUGGACCUAGUGCCGCGAGAUUCUUGAAGAUGGCUGGUGUGGUGGAGUGUAUCUUGGGCGAUUCAGGUGGAGAGCGGGCUCAGAAGAAGCAGAAGCCUGGUCCCACUUUAUCGGCGAUGUUCGCAAGUGGGAGUAAGAAGACCACGCCAAAGAAUUAG